AUGAUCAUCCGCGUCACCAGCCAUCCUACUUGCUCUUUUUGUUACGGUCUCGCAUCUACAAAAUUGCUUUGUGGUUCAUGCAAAUCCAUUACCUAUUGCUCUGCAAAAUGUCAGAAAUUGGACUGGCCUCUUCACAAAGUCUUAUGUAAAGCAUUUGCUUCAUUACGCCCACGCCCUUCUGAGCGCCAUAAACUCAUCCUCUAUUUUCCGGUUGACUCUACCUACGCGAAAUUGGGGUGGUUUCCGUGUCCGGAAAUUCCGCAGGCACAAGGCAGUGAUGAAGAAACAGAACUUCUAUUUCGCAAGCAAAUUAAUUUCGAGGGAGACACCAUAAAUUCAUCAUUUAUAAUUUCUUGUGCAGGCCAUCUAGAUGGUGGCUCAAAACUCAACCAAAGCAUCAUUUCUGUUCCAGAUGGCCCUGAUUUGCAUGGACCUGUAAUCGUAUUUCGAAAAGAUCGUCCUGGUUCUCCCUCAAUUAUCUUGGAUAUCGCUUUGGCAGAUUUCCGUGUCGUUAUAAAACUCUUGAAACAGUUAUCAUCGCUCCCGAACAAUAGUAGAGGCAAUGAGGCAGUAAAAAUGAAUACUAAGUUAACGCAAGGCGUUCUGUUUGCUCCCUCGCGAAAGAAAAGCUACGACGCCGCCAGCAUUCCUGACUAUCAUCCAAUUUACGAUAAGGAACCUACUAGUGUCACGAAGCAAUUAGGGAUUCCACUAAUCGUGGAAGAGACCACUCGAGGAGUUGAUUCAGACGACCAGUUCGACGACGAUAGUUUGAGAACUCGAAUUUGUAAUGCACUUCAUAUUGACAUUGACCCUGAUAGCAAGACGUGGGGAAAAACACUUCCAGGAUGGCGAAGAAAAAUCGGGCACUUUCUGGUUGCAAGGCAAGACAAACGAGACAUUACCUUCGAUCAAUUAAUUGAUAUUGUUAAUUUAAUCGACUGCCUAUCUUACCCAAUGCCUAAUUUAUUGACUCGCCCGGCGAGGGAGCAACUUCUCUAUGAUUUCUCAAUAAGGAGCAUUAGAUUUCGAUAA